AGCAGAACUACCGUUCCCCAGCGGCUCCAGAAUGACUACACGUCCGCUCCAGCUCUGCUGGGUGAGGCCGGGCUCGGGCGGGGCCCGCGGGGUCUGCAGAGCCCUGGGCUCCUUAGUUCUUCCCCAGACAACACAGACAUGGCGGCCGAGAAGGACCAGCAGAGGGAUGCCGAGGCGGAAGGACUGAGCGCCGCGACCCUGCUGCCGAAACUGAUUCCAUCUGGCGCGGGCCGUGAGUGGCUGGAGCGGCGCCGUGCGACCAUCCGGUCCUGGGGCUCCUUCGUGGACCAGCGGCGCUUCUCGCGGCCCCGCAACCUGGGCGAGCUGUGCCAGCGCCUCGUACGCAACGUGGAGUACUACCAGAGCAACUAUGUCUUCGUGUUUCUGGGCCUCAUCCUGUACUGUGUGGCGACGUCUCCCAUGCUGCUGGUGGCUCUGGCUGUCUUCUUUGGCGCCUGCUACAUCCUCUAUCUGCGCACGCUGCAGUCCAAGUUUGUGCUGUUCGGCCGUGAGGUGAGCCCUGCCCAUCAGUAUGCCCUGGCCGGGGGCGUCUCCUUUCCCUUCUUCUGGCUGGCUGGCGCGGGCUCUGCCGUCUUCUGGGUCCUGGGAGCCACUCUCGUAGUCAUCGGCUCCCAUGCCGCCUUCCACCAGAUGGAGGCUGUGGACGGGGAGGAGCUGCAGAUGGAACCCGUGUGAUGUGGCUUCGCAGGCCCGCCAGCCUCCCGAGCCAGCUGCCCCUGUUCACCCCGGUCCCACUCAGCUCUGCAGCUCCGGCCAAAGGCCCCUUUCCCACAUCAAGACCAGGGAGGGACACCAGCUUUGGGAAUAAAACUGUUAACAGUUGUUCAGCAAA